AUGGUCUUCAGUGAGGUCUUCACAUCAGCAGAGCAAGCCACGGGAAAUUCUGAUAAGAAAUGGCUGGACACAGCAUCAAGAGCUUCUUUGGGCCAAGGACUGAACCAGUCCAUUGUACAGCCAGAAAUCAAUCCUGGAAAUUUCAGACGAAAGGACAUUGUUGAGGUAUUCAAGGAAGGCCUCAUCCUUGUCAUUGUCAGUAAAAAUGAAGCCAACUCCUUUACGUGUCACUUAUGUUGUGUGACAUUAAGCUCCUUGGAGAUGUACCAGACUCACCUGCAGGGCAACAAACACCAGAACAAGAAGAAGAAGGUCAGCGAUCUUUGCAAAUCCCAACCUAAGGUCUACGGCACGUUUGCUGAUGAACUGGCAGAUUACAUCGAGGAACAGAAGGCACGGGGGGUCACCCACAAGACCGUUCCUGUUCUUGUGCAAGAAGAAAAACAAACGAGUGAUGAAAAAUACAACGGGUUAAACCAGGAAGAAAUAAUAAUGAGAAAUUGGGAGGAAACCGCUCAAUCCACGCUUAACCCCACACAAAACCACCAACUUCCUCCUCAGCCCUGGCCUGGAACAGGACAUCCUUCAUAUCUGGGUCCACCUGGACCCUUCCAGAGCUCAAACUACACCUGCCUUCCUCUACCCCUCCCAUGCUCAGGUUCCACACAGUUCUCCAGUCCUCCCCCAGCUAAAAAGCAUUACUAUACCUCUUGCAGCUCUCUCACCAGCGAAAGUGAUGAUGAUAAGCACAGACAUGGAAAAAAGAGGAGAACUAGAAUGGUAAAGAGGGACAGAGCUCACAAGUUUGGAUAUGAGGAGAUGGAAACAGGGGCAAGGAGGAGAAAACACCGGAGGAGAGAGAAAUAUUAUGACUCUGAGGGGAAGAGAAGCGUUUUUAGAGUGGAGGAAGAACAGAGGAAAAGGCUAAAAAGUCAGAGCAAGGGGAGAUGUAAAGACACUGAGAGCGAGCAGGAAGACUUCGGACAGACAGAGACGUUACAGCCAGAGCACAGGAUGACAACUCCACUAAAUACACAGCCUGAAACCAAUGGUGCCCACUGGGAGAGUGGACAUAAACCCAUUAAAUCUAAAUGUAAGAAAGAGAAAAAGAAAAGCAAAGAGAAAGCGGACACACGGACAGAGGUGGAGAAGCUGUGGGACGACUCGAUUCAGGGCUGGUGA